ACUCGGGCAAGAUUACAUGUCCACGGACGUUGGGUUGCAGAGGCACAGAUUGGGGAGUUGGUUCGAACAUGGCAGCCCCCACGUGGCGCGUACCUUUUCCCCUUGGCCCUUUGGAGAAAGGAAAAAAAGGAUGGAUGCCGUAUUGGGGCCCUCCCCUCCCCCCCUGACCCUUGUUUCUUUUUUGGCUGUGCAGCCACCAUGGCCGUGAUAGUCACUUGUGCAUCAUCAUCAUUAGAGUUACAUGAUGCGCCCUUCUCCACGCAUGCGAGCCCUCGAGUGUGACAUGACAGCAGCAGGUCCAAGUCCCACGACCCAGGAAACCCAAAAGCCCUUGCACAGGCUAAUCCUGAAGAAUGCUCAGACGCACACGAGGCAGAGGCAGCCACCCGAACCGGCAAGAGACCUACCUGCUCCGUGAUGCCACCACUGCUGCUGGUACUAGCAGAAGGAACAGUAGCAUCACGACGGAUACACGUAUUGCAGCAGCUAAAGAUACUUGGCAGCCAUGUACAUGUAAGCUAGCUCUUAGCCGUAGAUGCGGCACUUUGCUACAUGCAAACACGGCACGGCACGGCUUCGAGUACAAGUCCAUCCCACUGAACGCAUGUAUCUGUUUACUCAGACUUGGUUCCAUUUUGUAUGGGCCCCAGGCAAGGAAAACGAAAAAAAGCCCAGAACCAGCAAUUGAUUCAUCAUUUCCCACUGGAUGGAUGAGAGUCCGCGGUCCCGGAAGCGAAUCCCUACAUGGUGUGCCGUGCCUGGCAAAUCCUCCCAAACUCAUCCUCAUCUCAUCUCGUGCAAUCAUUCCAUCAUUGCAUGCCGUCGGUUCGGGUCCCCAAUUUC